AUGCUGCCUUCCCAAUCUGAUGUCAACAUCUCCUUCUUCCAACCACACUCCUUCCUCUUGAUAGGCAUCCCAGGACUGGAAGCUGUUCAUGGCUGGCUCUCUAUCCCCUUCUCCUUCAUGUACACUGUGGCCCUCACUGGAAACUGCCUGAUCCUCUUAGCUGUGAGGAAGACGUCAAGCCUGCACCAGCCCAUGUACUACUUCCUGUCCAUGCUGGCUCUCACAGAUGUGGGCCUCACCAUGUCCACACUGCCCACCACAUUAGCUGUGCUCUGGUUUGAUUAUCGGCUCAUAGGCUUCGAUGUCUGCCUGGUCCAAAUGUUCUUCCUCCACUCCUUCUCUGUGGUAGAGUCCUCAGUACUUCUGGCCAUGUCCUUUGAUCGUUUUGUGGCCAUCUCCAAUCCCCUGCGCUAUGCAACUAUCCUCACAAAUAAUGUCAUCAUCAAAAUUGGGCUGGCUAUAGUGGCCCGUGCUACCCUAUCUCUCUUUCCAGUCCCAUUCCUGCUUAAACGUCUGAAUUUCUGCCCUAACAAAAUAGUUUUGUCCCAUUCCUUCUGUUUCCAUGCAGAUGUCAUGAAACGAGCUUGUGCUGACAUUAUUGUCAAUAUCCUUUAUGGUCUGUACGUAGUUCUUUCCACUGUGGGUGUCGACUCCCUGCUUAUAGUCUUGUCCUAUACUCUUAUACUUCAUACAGUGAUGAGUCUUGCCUCUCCCAAAGAACGUGUUCGAGCCCUCAACACUUGUGUUUCUCAUAUCUUAGCUGUUCUGGUUUUCUACAUUCCGGUGAUAGGUGUAUCCAUGAUUCACCGUUUUGGAAAGCAUCUAUCCCCUAUGGUGCAUGCUCUAAUUGCCUAUGUGUACCUGGUGGUGCCCCCUGUACUCAAUCCCAUCAUCUAUAGUGUUAAAUCAAAGCCUAUUAGGGAAGCUAUGCUCAGGGUGCUCAAGGAGAAAAGCAGAUACUGA